CGGAGCUGGGAAGGGCGUAAGGAGCCGCCCUCCGUUGCGCAGAGCCCUUUUCCUGUAGCUGCCUUCCUCCCUCCCCCCUCAGCGUGGGACGGGAUAAGGAGCAGAAACCUUCGCGUCACCUCCGUAACCCGGAGGGACCGGGCUUUCUACGGGGAAGGGAGGGAAAUUCCCCGAGGUACAGGAACGGCGGAGGAGGAACUGUCAUGGCUGCCUGAGGCGCUGAGGGGGGGGGGGUGGGGUGUGGGGGGGUGGCUUCCCGCGCUCGGCGCAUGCGCGGCCCUGCCCUUGGCGGCCGCCGUUGUUAUGACAACCGCGUGCGGCUGCGGCCUGGCCCGGCCCCGCCGAGGCGGGCAGAACGGCGGGGAAAAGGGAAAAAAAAAACCUUUUUUUCUCCCCAAACUUCAGCUCCGGCGGCGGAGCCCUCAGCGCCAGCUUUGGAGUCGGUACCCAGGUUGCUUGAGGUUGAGAACGAGCAGCUCCAGGAUCAGCUUCGAGAGGUCCGAGAUGAGAACUGCAGACUAUACAAACUGGUAACAGAGAAAGAUUUUGAAAUAAAGCAACUCCAGAAAAAAAUACAGGAGGACAGAUUGGCUUUGUCAGGGGCAUCUGGUUUAGCUGGAGAUGUUGCAGCUACUAAAAUAGUUGAAUUGGCCAAAAAGAAUCGUGAGAUAACUGCCGAGACUGAGAGAGAAAAAGCCAAAGUGAAGCAACUGAAUAACAGAGUCAAAGAGCUGGAGAGAGAACUACAGACAGCUGUAGAAAAAAUACAUUCUCUUGGUGGUGGUGAUGCAGGAAUCAAGCAAUCAACUCUGAAGAUGAUAGAAGGAAACUUGGAUGAAAGUCCAAAGGUGAAAGCAUUGCAAGAAAAAUUAACCACGGCCAACUUUAAAGUGAUGGAGUAUCGUAACCAACUCCAAUCUGCAAAACAGGAACUGAAGAUGACCCAAAAGCUUUUAGCAAAUGAAGUUGGUGAAGAUGUGAAUAUUCAAAGUCUCUUGACCAAUUCUGGCAGCUGGCGUGGACGAGCCCAGCAAAUUCUUGUUCUCCAAAGCAAGGUUCGAGAGCUGGAGAAUCAAUUGAGCCAAAACAAGACCAGAACAUCACUGAGUGAGAUUGAUGAGGAACUGCUGGCACUUAGUGAUCCAAGGAAGUUGUCAGCCCAAGAGAAGAACGUGUUGAAGAUUCGCAGCUUGGAAAAAGAAAAGAAGGAAACCUUGGAGAAACUCACUGGGGAAUAUAACGCUCUCCAAAAAAGUCACGAGGAAGUGAAAAAAAAACUUGAUGCAUCAAAAUCCAGGAACAAAAUAUUGUGCAGCGAAGUGAAAACCCUGAAGGAACAGAUCAUAACCUUGCUGGAGAAAGGAAAACACGACGAUGAGCUCAUAGACGCCUUACUGAGCCAACAGAAACAAAUGCAGGAGAUCUUAAAGCACCUGAGCCAGCAGGAUAAGAAGAACAAGGAGUCCCAGAAGAUGUUGGGGCAGCACUUGGACAGUGAGGUUCAGAAACAAAACUGCCUUAUAGAGCAGAUCAGACAGAUGGUGGCUGAACGAGAAGCAAAGCUUGAAGAUCUGGAAGAGGAGGUUGGGCAACUCACACUUCAGAAGAAAUCUGCCCAUCAAGGGGACGGUUCAGGAGCUGCUGAUCCACCACCCUCUGAGCACUCAGAAGAUCCAGGUUUUACUCUGCAUAAGCCUCUGGCAUCAGGCAGCAAUCAGGUUGGAAGGGUUGGAUCUGCUCGCACAGUGUCCAAGAUGGGCCAUACUCUUGUAGAGUCAGCAGCUACUGAGCCUUCUCUUCUCAGUAAUAACAUCACACCUGGAAGGUUUGCUGGCACUGACAGCCCGGAUUUGAAAGUGCUGCAGACACAGAUCACAGAGCACAGGGCACUCUGCCAGGCUGCUGAAGUGGAGAGAGACAGGCUCCUGGAACUGGUCACUGUGCUGCAGAAAAGAGUGGAGGAAGGUGGCAAUAAAGUCUUAGAAGCUGAGAAGAGGCUUCAGGAAGAGCGGCGGCGAUGUGUCAUUGUGGAACAGCAGCUUGAAAAACUGCAAAUGGAUCCAGGGAGGAACACAGGCGCACAGAAACUUCCCCUGAGGAGCAAAACAGGCCAGCCUGUGAGUCACUCAAGACGCACCUUGAAUCUGAGCGAUAGGAAGGAGCUCUCGGCAGCCCAGCUCUCCAGGUUGCCUCUGGAACUGCAGAUAGAGGAGCUGAGCACAAGGCUUGUGAUGCAGCUGGAUGAGAAUGAAGCUCUGAAGGCCACUUUGGAGACUACUGUGAGAAAGAAAGAGGAAGACUUUAAACUGUAUCAAGACACAAUGGACCAAGUGAAGGAUAUCUUUUUACAGGCCAUUCAGCAGCAGAAACAGGAGAAGAGUUAAACAAGAUAUUCAUAGUUCUUUGGACUGCAAAGCAGGGAGGGAGCCCAGGCAUCGUGCCCACGAAUUGAAAUGCAGCAGCAGUGUAGUUUUGCAGCCUCAGAUCAUGUCAUUUCUUUAGCACUUGCAGAAGAGGAUGAGAAAUGGAGAUGAAAUACAAAAAGAGUGAAGGUUUUGCGUGUCAGCAAAUCCUGUCUGUAAGAGUUGGAGAGCAGCUGGCUCUCAGACUGCACAUGCUGGAGGUUGGUGCAGUUUAGGAAGCUGCAAUUCUGCAGUGUGACUUUGGGCAAAACCUCCCUAGUUUCAACAGCAUUUUCCUCAAGAGGGCUCGAUAUUCAAUAUGUUGCUGCCUUUAUCAGAUCAUAAAGGAAUUUUCUAUACAGAAGUUAUGCCAGCUCCUUUCCAAAGUCCUGCCAGGAACAAACACGGUUCUGUUUUUAUCAGCACACUGAUACCUGUCUGUCUCAGACUUUACUGUAGUACCUAAGUGCUGAGGGAGUGGAUUAGCCUGGCCUGUGAAUAUCUGCAAAUUAACUUUUGGGGGGGGGCUCCACUCACCAUUCCAACCUUUUUCUUUGCUCGAACGUAUUGACAGCAGAGUUUUCUGAAACUCAGUGGAAUUUCCACUGAAGGUAAACCGUGCAGAUUAACCCUGCAGUCAGUCAGACCUACCUUAAAUUCAGCUCAUUCCAUAUGAAACUUGCCAUCCAGGUUAUGAAUUCCCUACUUCUGGAUCUCUGCAUUCAUCCAGCAGGCAGGUCUUGUUCUCGCUAGGAAGAAAUGCUAAGAAAAUGCAGGCAGGUCCUGACUGCGGUGGUGGAGGGACUUGUGGAGAUGCUGAAACCCCUUGCAUCUCUGUCCUUUUCUCUUGCAGCAUGGUGAGAACACCAAGCGCAAGCUAAUAAGGCAUUAACAUGCAGCCUGCCAGCAGCGAGCUAGCCUUGGGGAUUACAAGCAAAUGGAGAGCUAGUUAUUUCUGUAUAGUGCUGCUUUGUUUCUCUGUUGAAAGUCUUGAAAGCUCUUCUUUUCCUGCUUUGCUUUGUCAGCCUCUUUUUGUGAGCGUGAGGUUUGUCAGACUUUAACCCCAGCCACCACCAGCCUCUUUUCGUGAGCGUGGAGUUUGUCAGAAUUUAACCCCAGCCACCACCAGCCUCUUUUCGUGAGCGUGGAGUUUGUCAGACUUUAACCCCAGCCACCACCAGCCUCUUUUCGUGAGCGUGGAGUUUGUCAGACUUUAACCCCAGCCACCACCAGCCUCUUUUCGUGAGCGUGGAGUUUGUCAGACUUUAACCCCAGCCACCACCAGCCUCUUUUCGUGAGCGUGGAGUUUGUCAGAAUUUAACCCCAGCCACCACCAGCGCAAAGCGGAUUUUCGGACAGGCAAGGCGCUGCCCCCUUCCCCAGAACGGGGAUUUGUGCUGCGAUAAGGCAGAGGGAAAAAGAGAGCAGAGCAGGAGUUACUCCAGAUGCGGUGAGGGUGCUGCCAUCCCUGUCUUUUUUCCUGCUUAGGUUCAGAGGUGUCUCUCUUCAAACAGUUCACGGGGUCCCUGAUGGAGGAGGCCGCUAGCCAAGAAGCAGCUCAGCGCCUGAGAGUUAACCCUCCCUGUACCUGCGAGCCCUGCUCUGCUCCCCCAGUGCUGGCCGAUAGCUCAGCAAAGCUGUCAGGUGCCUCUCUCAUGGAACCAAAAUGGUUCAUUGCCAAAUUCCUCCUGCUCACCCUGCCGGUAGCAGCAGAGGAAAAGGCAUUUUACAACCCGUAAUCCUCUCCUCCCAACAACCCAAGGAAUCAUAAAUCCUGGCUCGAGAGACAGACGCAGUCUCAUUCAGAGCCGCAGUUUGUUCCUGGUCAACUCCAUCCUGAUGAUUAUGUAGCAGGGGGUAGAACAAGCAGACCAAAUAGAAGAAAUUACCCCAUCCCCAAUAGAUAUUUUCAGGACCUGAAAGAGCGAGGGGAUCACUCUGAAAAGCUGCCCGAGCUGUGGCGAGAGGUGUGGAGAUUUUGCCGUGCAGUGGCUGCUAAAUUCGGGCUGGUAGCUUGCAGCUGGAGAUUCUGAUUUUGCUUACACAGAAGUGUGAAUCGAUAAUAUUUUCAUGUAAGUGCCAGAGAGGGAGUCUGCUGUCCUUUCUAAUACACAGUCAGCAUUUGUUCCCCGUCCCGUGACAAAGCGGUGAGGAUUGUACCACUCUCCAGCAAAAUGGCUCUGAAUCGUUCCAUGAAACACAGAUCAGAAACUGGGAGUGAUAUAUGUUACAGAACACAUACGGCUCGCUAGCACAUGGUGCAAACCUCUUCUCAAGUGCUGCAACACUCAUUUCUUUAAACAUAUGCUUGUUUGGGGUUGCAAUGAAGCAUUUUCUCUCUUUUUUUUUUUUUUUUUUUUUUUGCACAAACUCUCACAGAGCAACACCAGAUGCCUUGACAAAAAAGGAACUAUAGUUUAUUUAGAGAGCCUGUACCUGCAAGUAACUGUUCCUCAUGGAAAUGUGCAGCCUGUCUCUCGUCACAGAGCAGUGACGGGGUCUGAACACAGGCCAAAUUGUCAAGGUCUUCCCAGUUUUCACCUUGGUUUUGAAAUAAAUUCCCUCUGCACUUCCA